AGUGCAUCUAUAUCCCAAGACAUAGUAAACAAUGAUGUUGCAGAACGCAGACAACCGAAAGAAUCGCCAAAAAAAUCGCACCCUCAAACCCAACUUCCCCUGAAAUCGCUAACCUCCUCUCCCUCCGUGUUUUCCAACCUGGUUCGCCGAAAAAGUAACAAUAUCACACCACAUAAACAACGCGAUGGCGAUCCAUCUCUACCAAAAUUAGGUGCAUCUCCCGGAAUAGAGGUUAAUGUUUCUUCGCCAUUAUCGGAUCAAUCAGGAAAACACGUUGGCAACA